UGUAUAAAAUUUCUUGUAAAGAUUGCGACUCUUCUUAUGUUGGCCAAACGGGUGGAAAACUUAAAACAAGACUUGCGGAACAUUGCAAUGACCAUUAACAGGAACACGAAUAAUUACUAAAUAUAACAUUAUUCGCAAUUAUGAAUUUGAUUGGGAUAAUAUUCAAGUUUUAGAUAGAUUUCUUUGAAAACGUUUAAUAUCUGAAAUGCUGCAUAUUCAACUGCAAAAAAUAUCCUGAAUUUACAAUCAGAUAUUAAAUAUUUACACCACGCAUAUUUAUUUGUUUUAAAAUAAUUCAAGUAAUAUAUAUCUUAUUUUAUAUUUGAUCAAUUAGAGAUAGAUUGAUUAAAUUAGUUAUCUUAACUCUCUCUCUCUCUCUUUCUCGGUAGAUAUUUAUUUUGACUCAACUUCAACGUCACAAACAGCUUUAUUCAUUAUCAAAUCUUUUAUUUAUCAUGACUCAAAAUGAGUCGAAGGCUAAGUUGGUGAAAGUUUACUGAUUGUAAUAAAUUUAACGUUAUUAUCUUUUAUACAAAUUUACGCUUUAAUAACAGCGUCGUUAUUUUCAAUUGACUGUGUUAUUGUCUUUUAAAUUUCGAGAGAUCUUGACAUUGUUUGCCUUUAUAUUAUUGUUACAUAAGUAUUCAAGAUUUAUCUAAAGUUAGGAGGUACACGCGUGCAUUUCAGCAGAGUUAGACAUUUAAUCGGUUUAAUAUAAACGUAAGUUAUUAUGUAAACAAUAAUCUAUGAUCAGAUUUCAUUAGAAAUAGCGGAAAUUAUAAGUUCCGUUGUUUAUUUUAUUAUUAUAUAUCUUGUAACUGAAAUGCUUUUUUUCUGCAUUGUGCAUCCAAGUUUAUAAUAAUUUAACAUUCGUAUUGUCUACAUAAAACGGUUUUAUAUGUAAAUAAUGUAUAUAAUCUUGAAAUAAAUGGCACGCAACUUUUUCUUUUUGCCGAUCGAGUCGGUGGCUGUUGACAGCUGUUGAUAUCUGCAGUCCGCACAGAUGGCGGCAUCGCGCUCGGAGAACGUUCCGAAAGAGGCCGAGUCUCCGCGAGAACACCGUCACGGACUGUCAGCGGCGCCAGCCGGAGCAUUGUAGGAAGGUGGAGCAAGAAGGGGGGAAAGCGCGCAGGACUAGGGAGCUAGGGAGCGGAUGUGGAAGAGGGUGGGAACGCGGUCGGCGAGGGAUCGCCGGAUUCUCGCGGACCGUCGCCGCGUCAGUUGGGUAGCAACUGCCGAGCGCGCGUGUCGCUCGCGGUCGGCGUCAGGUAAACGCGCGUGCGGGUGGUUGGUGCGGCUGGUGCGUGUGCCGUGUGUGUUGACGGUGGUGCAGUAGUGGUGCGCGAAAGGUGAUACUCCGACUCCCCCCCUCCCCCCUCCCGCCGUCGUCCGCGCGCCCUCUCGUCGUCCGCCCUCCUGCCCCUCGAGGGCGCUGAGGACACUCGUACCCGGGGAUGCGGUGAGCCUCCGUGAAACGGCGAACAUGUGAUUCUGACAGGGCGAGAGACAGGCCCCCGCCGACCAGUCGUCGGUCCUCGAUACCCUUUUCCCGGUGCCGCUUCGCCGUGUCCGCCUCGCGAAGGGGGGGUUAGUGGUGGUUACCUCGUACUCGCAUUCGCCCGCCGGGACACGCCGCUGGACCCCCCUCCCCGUCCGCCGCCUACCCCUUUGAAUCGUGCGCGUCGAGGGGUCGUCGACGCGCCGCGGAGGAGAGAGGAUACGAUGUUCUGAAUUUCGUAGCAGCGAGAGAAGUCCACGCGUGCAUCAUCAUGGUCACGAAGCACUUCGCAUCGCAGGGCUCAAGCCCUGAAUGCGGCGUGCCGGACAUGACGGUCAUCAGCGAUAUCGACGAGAUCGGUAUCAAUCGGAAUCUUCAAGUUCGGUACAGUAGGGACCAGAUAUACACAUACACGGGAUCCAUACUGGUGGCUGUGAAUCCUUACAAGGAGGUGGACUUCUAUACGAAUGAGUACGUGAAUCGAUACCACGGCCAGAAGAUGGGCGCCUUGGAACCGCACGUGUUCGCCCUGGCGGAGGCGGCGUACAAGUCCCUGCAGGACACCGUGAGCAACCAGUCCUGCGUGAUAUCGGGUGAGAGCGGCGCCGGCAAGACCGAGACCACCAAGUUCAUCCUGCAGUACCUGUGCUCGGUUACCAGCAACGUCGACACGUGGGUGGAACACCAAAUUCUGGAGGCCAACACCAUCCUCGAGGCGUUCGGCAACGCGAAAACCGUUCGGAACGACAACAGCUCGCGUUUCGGCAAGUUCAUGCAGGUGUGCUUCGACAACAAAUGGAUGAUCAAGGGAUGCAUCAUCCAGGACUAUCUACUGGAGCAGAGCCGUAUCACCUUUCAGAGCCCGGGGGAGCGCAAUUAUCACGUGUUCUACCAGCUGGUAGAGGCCGGUACGAGGGACAAGGAAUUCGCAGAGCAAUAUAAGCUGAGACCAGCCAGCCACUACAAAUAUCUCAAUCAGUCCGGUUGCGUGAAGAUCGACGGAAUUUCCGAUUCCAAAAGGCUCGAUUCUCUCAGGCUCGCCUUCAAUGUGCUUCAGAUCGCGCCGGAAAUGUGUGAAGGCAUCUUCCGGGUUCUGUCGGCCAUCCUGUGGCUCGGAAACUUAAAUUUCGAGGACGUUGACGGCGAGAGGUGCGAGUUGACGAAGGAGGACAGGGACAUAGUCGACACGGUAGCGCCGCUGUUGGGUCUUCAAGUAGAGGAUCUUACCAAGGUGGUACUGAUACGGCAAAUAAACGUACGCGGUAACAUCACAGAGAUCCCGCUGAAGGUGCAAGAGGCUCGAGAGAAUAGGCACGCGAUGGCAAAGGCGCUCUACUCUCGCACCUUUGCCUGGCUCAUCAAUCAUAUCAACAACUGUACGAACCCGGGCCAGGAUAUCUCACGGUUUCUCGGCAUCCUCGACAUCUUCGGAUUUGAGAACUUUACACUGAACAGUUUCGAGCAACUCUGCAUCAACUACACAAACGAGAAGCUGCACAAGUUUUUCAAUCACUACGUCUUCGCGUUGGAGCAGGAACUCUAUCACCAAGAGGGGAUCCAGUACUCCCAUAUCACGUUCACGGACAACACCAUGUGCCUAGAGCUGAUCGAGAAGCCUCCGCGAUGUGUUCUUAAAUUACUCACCGAGCAGUGCCAUAUGCCGAAGGGUUCGGAUCUGGCUUACCUGACGAAUCUGCACGCCGAAUUCGAGAGCCACCCGUGCUACGUGAAGGGAGACGACCGACGAAAAUGGGAGAAUGAAUUUGGAAUCAAGCACUACGCUGGCUGCGUGACGUAUACCGUCGAAGGUUUUGUCGAUAAAAAUCGGGAUGUACAGCAGGAUGUGUUCUUCGACUUUAUGUCUAGGAGUACGAACGAAUUUGUACAGGAGAUCAGCGUCUAUCAAGAUUUAUUGGGCUACACCGUCGGGCGUGCAACCGGCGGUACAACCACCACGAUGUCCCGAGGAACGUCCAAGGGUAAGCCGACUCUUUGCGACUCAUUUCGGCAUCAGUUACAGGCCUUAGUAGACGUCUUGCAAGGAACGACACCAUGGUACGCGCGUUGCAUCAAACCGAAUAUGGAGAAGAUGGCCAAUCACUACGACGAGAAGCUCGUUAUGGACCAGCUCAAAUAUCUCGGUAUGCUUGAUAUUAUACGCAUACGCAAGGAAGGCUUCCCGAUACACAUGUCAUUCCAUGAUUUUAUCGCGAAGUAUCGUUGCCUGGACAAAGGCCGAUUUUCGCUGUCUUGCAAUGAGAAGGAGGCGGUCAGAUGUCUGAUUAGUAGACAAGGUUUGCCGCAAAUUGAAUGGCAGAUUGGUCAGACGAAAGUGUUCUUGCGGAACUGCGUGCACGAACCUCUGGAGGAUUCCAGGAACCAAGUGAUAACGAGAAAUGCCAUUGUUAUACAGAAAAUUUGGCGCGGAUACGUUAAACGGAAAGUGUAUAAACGUAUAAGGGAAGCGACGCUGAAGGUGCAACAUGCGUAUCGCGGUUGGAAGCUACGAAUAAUGUUUAUCAGGAAACGCAGGGCAGCCGUAGUGAUCCAAAGUCAUUUGCGAGGUGUCUUCGCGAGGGAAGUGGCCGCGGCUCUGCGAGAAAUGCGACGAGUCGACGAAGAGAUGAGAAAGAGGGAACGGUUAGAGGAGGAACGAAGGAUGUUGGAGGACAAAAAGGCGUUGGAGGAGAGCCAGAGCGCGCAGUACGAUGGUAUUGCCGAGAUGGAAUCUGGGAAAGUGCAAGAAGAAAUCGACGCAUUGUCGCAGAUGGCCGAGCAGAUGAACUCGAAGAUGGCUACUACGGAUUUGCAAUCGGUGGAUCUUGACAAUCUAUUUUCCUUUCUAUCUGACGUACAAUCAACUAAGAGCAAUCAGAUUAUCGAGGAGAUCGGGGAACAGAUGGAUGAAUUGGUGGAGGAUCUUGACGUAGAAUUGGAGACCGUUAUUCAACAAGAGAUGGAAAUGAACGCCAAAGCUGCUGAGGCGAAGGUCGCUUCUCCCAUGAAUGGGCAGGAGGUGCAAUCUCCGCAGCAACAACAACAGCGGAACGUGGCAAGCGCGAAUAAUUUGAGCAGCAAUAAACUUGGUCAACCGAGUCUUCCGGAACCCACGGAACCACCGCCGCCGCCACCACCCCCGGCGCAACCUUUAGCCAUGAAUGGCGAUUCGUCGAGUGACAACGGUGAGCCGAUUUACGAGUCGGUGUUACCGCGCGAGGCGAACGAAUCCGGCAGUCCAAUUCAGAACGGCGGCAGUCCGGGUCAGAUGUUGAAUGGUGAAACCUGCGGAUCACCCCCUCCGCCUCCACCGGGUGGUAAAAUGACCAAAGAAAUCGCCGCUAGUCCGCCGUCCAGGCCAGAGUCAAGAAAUUCCGGUGCUCAUCAUCACCAUCAUCAUCAUCAUCAGACGAUACCUCAAGCGCAGCAGAACGGCCACGAUCAGCCGCAAUCGCAAUCGCAGACUGUGCAGCAGCUGCCGGUGGAGCGCGAGCAGCGACGCAAGUGCCGUGUAGAGCGGAAAUUGCAAGAGCUCGAGGAUAAAAAGGAGCAGGAGAACGAGACGACUUAUCACGAUAUCGUGGAGUUCGCGCAGAACUAUUUUAACAGCCAUGAACGGUCGCCUGAGGGCACCAUAAUGGCCACGCUGACGAGAAAGUCGCGCGGCAAGAGCAUCGAGUUCAUUCCGAAGUACGAGAUGGUUACGUACUACAAAGGAUCCAGCAUUCCGAACUCGCAUAUUCAUAUGUAUGAUCCCGAUAAUGUGAAUGUUGCGUGCUCCGUGUUUAGGGACUUGUGUAAGUAUAUUCGCGGUGAGAUGAAACUGGACCAGGAGAUAGUUACAAUUCAGAGUAUUAUCGCUUAUGGGAUCGAACGAGAGGAGUUAAGAGACGAAAUCUACGUACAAUGCAUACGCCAAGCGACAAACAAUCCCAAUGCUGAGUGGGCGGAACGCGUAUGGUUGCUGUUGUGCCUGGCGAUCGUUGCUUUCCAACCAAGCAAAUUGCUCUACAAAUACUUUGUUUCCUUCCUGAAAAAGAAUCUUGCCUUGGAGGGCAAGCUGAGGCAGUACGUGCAGUGGUGUGUGGAUAACUGCAAGAAUACCAAGGUGUCUUGUAGGCAACAUCCACCGUCCACGGUGGAGAUUGCUGCCAUGAGACGAUUAGGCACCAUAGUAUGCAGGUUCUUCUUCUUGGAUGGAAGAACAAAAGCAAUCGAUGUGCAUCCGACCGAUACGGCCGCUGAUGCUGUUGCCAAAUUAGGAGAAAAGUUGGGUCUUCGAUCGUUGGAGGGUUGGGCUAUCUAUCAAAGCCGACCGGACGGAGAGGAGCACGUACGCGCUCACGAUUAUCUGUACGAUGUGAUCGCCGCGUGGGAAAUGAAACAAUGCAAAUUGAAUACGGCGCAGUCGUCAUUCUCGACGUUGCGACGUGGCAAUAAUCCUACUUUGGGCAGCGGUGACAAUCGUUUUGUCUUCAAACGAAGACUGUUCCGUAAUCCAAGAGAGAUCUCACAGGACCCUGUGGAAGUUAAUAUGUUAUAUGCCCAGGCGGUUUAUAAUGUCGUAAAGUGUGAUGAUUUUCCGGUAUCCGAGAAAGUAGCACUGCAAUUAGCAGGAUUGCAAGCGCAGGUAUCCCUCGGCGAUCCUAAGGAUAAUGACAGACUGGAUUACUACAGCGAAGUGGACAGCUUCUUGCCUUAUAGAAUCAGUCGGGCUCGCGGUGACGAUGUUUGGGUGCCGAUUAUAGCGCAAGCACACCGGCAAUAUGGCGCCGGGCGCAAGGAGCUCGCUGCUAAAGUUUUGUAUCUGUCCUGCGUGAUGCAGUAUCCGCUUUAUGGCACAACGAUGUUCAACGUCACAUACCGCGGGUACUGGUCCUACGGCAACCAAUUGAUUCUCGGCAUCAACUGCGAUGGUUUGAUGUUAAUCAAGCCAGACGACAAAUUUGUUCUGUCCGAGUAUCGUUAUCAAGACGUCGAAAGCAUCAUGUUGGACCCGAGUGACUCUUUCAUUACGAUCUCGUUGCUGCGACACAAUCCCGACAGUUCGCAUAAAUGCUUCGUUUUUGAGACAUCACAGAAGAAUGAGAUAGGCAGUUUGAUUGUCAGCUACUGCUCUGCGCUAGCUGGUUGGAUCACGGAGAACGAAGUACCGAUGAAAAAGCUCAAGUGUAUCACUAACGAGGAUCGCAUCCGGCUCUACCACAAUCUGGUUAACUGCCGGCGAACACUUGUUGAUUCGGAGAUUCUUAGAAAACCGCAAGAUUCCGGUGGUGGUUUCCUCCGGAAUACACUGAGAAGAUUAUCGAAGCACCGGAUAGAAAAGCUGAGGCAAGAACAUGCAAGUGCUGAUCAUGGUGAGACUUACAAAGGUUUCCCGUAUGCUUACUGGGCGUUCAGUAGGCAGCAGAUACCGCAGAGCCUUUCGAGACUGCCCGACCCCGAUGAGCAAGUGGCUUUGAAUAUCUUUCAGUUAAUUCUGACAUAUGCGGGACUCGGCCAGAACGGGGACACGGUGCGUAGAGUCGAGGACGAGCACGUGAAUCUUAUACAAACCGUGAUGGAGCGUUGCAUACGAAAAGAGAACCUACUAGGCGAGUUGUAUCUCCAACUGAUCAAGCAAACCACUGAUCACCCGGAUCCUAAUAAUCGCGUCAACCUGCGACACUGGGCGUUGCUCUCACUCGCGUGUUCCGUAAUCCUGCCGCCUCAGAAGGCCAUACGCAAGUACUUGAUUGCACACCUGAAACGAUGCGCUAGCGAUUAUGUCACUGAGGAAGGCAAAUACGCGAGGUUCGCCGAAAAGUGCCUUUACAAGACUCAGGGCACUCGCAGGCGGCAGUGGCCGCCGAGUCGCGAGGAGAUUAUGUGCACCAUCAAUCGUCGGCCAAUCUAUGCAAGAUUCCAUUUCAUGGAUGGCCAAUAUCACGCCGUCGAGUUUCAUCCAUCCGCGACCGCCAGGGACGUCAUGGAGAUCAUAAAGACAAAGAUAGGACUCGAAGAGACUGCUAUGGGCUAUGCCAUUUAUGAAGUACUUGGGCCGACCGAGCGAUCGCUGAUUCCCGAAGAGAAACUAGCCGACGUCAUGUCUAAGUGGGAACGAUACAGGGCGUCGCAGCAGAACCAGGCACGCAAGCAUGCGCAUCACUUCUUCCUCUUCAAGAAACAUUUGUUCUUGGAUCAAUAUAUGAACUUAGACGAUCCCGUAGAAAAGGAGUUAUUGUAUCAUCAGGUGUUGCACGAUUUGCGAGCCGAUCGGUUCCCCAUUACUGAGAAAGAAGCUAUGAUGCUGUCGGCUCUGCAAGCGCAAUUGGAAUUGGGCGAUUGUGAGGAGCCUAUAUCGGAACCUGAUUAUCGAACGAUAUCGAGUCACUGCCUGUCAACGAGACUGGUGCCGUGCCUAUGCGUGGACGGUGUACGCCAGCACCAUCAAUCCCUGCGCGGAAUGACGCCGCCGGAGGCGAAGAAGGCUUUCCUAAAUCUGAUCCAGUCGUGGCCAUUGCAUCGCGCGACGAUCUUCGACGUGAUGCAAUCGUUCACCUCGAAUUGGCCGCGCGUUCUUUGGCUGGCUGUCGAUCAGCAAGGUCUCCAUCUCCUAGAGCAUCGUUCCAGAAACGCGUUAUGUACUUACGAAUAUAAUAGUAUUCUAAGUUAUACGCCCGCCGUUAAUUGCUUGAUGAUCAUUACCGGUACGGAUAAGAAGCAGAGCAAGGUUAUUCUCACCACAGCUCAGGCUCAUCAGAUAGCGAAUCUGAUCCGUGAAUACAUGGAGGUGCUUCAGUCACCGCCGGAAAUACCGAGGCGAGAUUCGACUAUAGUUCAACAGUUGGCCGCUCAACAGCAGCAGCAACAGCAUCAGCAUCAGCAACCGCCUGCAAAUCUAUCUGCACCCGGCGGACGAAAAUCUCGACCCGCUUCGAUGUUACAUAGAGGUGCUCCAAUAAUACAAUCGCAAGCUAGUUAGAAUGGCUAGAUAAUCCUUCUUCGCGCGAGUUAGACGAAGUUUCCUUUCAACUUGUGCUUAUCGAGUUUUCGUUCUUGGCCAUGUUCUAUUACCAAGUGCCAUGAAUUCGAGAUUACGCGUACGACGCCAUGUAACGGCCAGUGUCUAUUUUAUAACAGAAUAUGCAUAAGUAUUGUACACAAUUAUAAUAAUUUUAAUUUUUAAAUUGCGCUUCAUAAUGUCCACCGCGAUGAGGCGUUUCCUCUAUGUAACUAUCUUAGCAAUUUAUUCCGAGAUUAAAACACGUAGGACGACGUUUAGCAUCAGGUUGUGGCAAUAAGAACAAUUUAUAUUUAAAAUAUUACAUGUUUAAUGCUAAAUGCAGCUACUCGAUUCUUAAUAUAAUCCUCGAAUUAUUUAGAUCUCUGAACAAUGUAGUGUCUAAUAGGCGUCAUGAAGAUAUUCGGGAGUCGACUUAAUUUUUUGAACAUCGUCUUUGAAUGUCGUUCAGAAUUUUAUCUCGGAGCUGCAUUCAGCAAUAAAUGCGUUAUAGAUAGGAAUACGACUAUACGGGACAAAGACUUAAACUAAUUAUGCUUUUUUUCGGCCGGGCCUAUCAGGGCGACGAUGAAUCGUCGUGCAAAGAUGGCACUAGAGCUUAGGAAUACUUAUUUCUUCCACUAUUUAUUGGAUUAGCAUAUAGAUCACGAGAGAAAACGUUAAAGACUAGAUUUAGUCUCCGCGAAUUUAGCUGAUUUAGGAGAAAUGAGUGAUAAAUAACUGCCAUUAGAAGAGUUACUGACCGCAGGGAAAGUUGCCGAUGAAACUUUUCCAUUUCUAUUAAUGACCGUUAUCAUUGUUGCCUUUUUUAUGAGCAAUCGCUGCCACCGUUUUUUGAUAAAAGAUUUUUGCAGCACGAAAUAUAAAUGUGAGAAUUAUAUAUACGGCGAUAUUUAAUGUUCAAGCAAUUAUUCCGUAUACAUCGUUAAUUCCGAUCGACAGUGUUUUAUCCCUCCGGCAUAUCCAGUCAUAAUAUCAAUAGAAGAUAGUGAUCAAGGCGCCACGAAAUUGUAAUAUCUACAAAGUGACCAAAAAAAUUCAAUCUUUCGAACGUGAAUUAACGUUUGACUGAGUAUUAAUAUUUAUAUUGAUUCCUGUAUACACAGUCAGAUUUUUGAAAUGCGAUGAGUGACAGCAUUUUAUAAUUAUUGAUAUUAUAGAUUCGUAAUUAAAGAAUCUAUACAGAUUAUUUGAUGAAAAUAUUUUAAGUGCGAGAAGAAAUGUUUUGUUGAAACAUUUGCAUUUUAUGAAACUGAACGACAUCUAAAAACUUUUCGCUCACCACCAUACUUCGAAGACAUAAGAUGUAACCGCCAGAAGAAUCGUUUUUGAAACCGAUUUAUUAAUGUUUGUAAUAACAUAUUUAACGUGUCUUUUGCAAAAAUUAUACAACAAACAAUUAUAUUGUAUGUUGUUAAACGAUUCAUAAUCAACCGCAAAUCUAUUGAUUCAGUUUUUUUUUAAUAUCGAGAAUAUUAAUUUUACUAAUAUUAAUUUUUUUGAUAUGGGUCGAAUCCGUGGUAUUAAUUUUUUUAAAUAUUACGAAUUAAGAUAGAAUCAAUUCUGUAAGUAUAAUAAUUAUUUUAAUUAAUUUUAUAUGUUUAAUUGGCAGAAUCACGUAUUUUCUCGCAUUGCCUUAAUGUGUAGGUCUUGGACAACAGAUUGGCGACAAACGUAAAUAAUCGUCAUUUUCUAGACAAUCUUUCCAAUAUUAUCACUUUUCUUUGUAUAAAGCUAAUCGCUAAAUUAGAAAUAAAAAAACUGUAUAAGAACGCAUUCCGCGCAAUUGACGCGCUCGCAUUUGUCGAAAAAUACGAAAUUGCGUCCAGUUGAUACUUUACUUAAAGUAAAAACAUAGAUGUCUGGUCAUUGGGACGUUUACCUUAGUUUUUUAUUUCGAAAAAGAGAAAUUCGCUCGUAUGUAAAUAUAUGAAAAACGUUCCAUCGUAAAUUAAAUCAAUAAGUUUCGCGCAAGUAUCUCUUGUAGUUUCUUGUACACAAUAUAAUCACGUGCUCAUAAAUAUCAGGAUGGCAAUUUUAUUAAUUUUACACGUAUGUUUCGCAAGAAAAUGUACUUACGUAUUUAUAUGUUUUAAAAAUAAGAAUUACCCGAAGAAAAAGAUGAUGCAUUUAAUUAGUUUGACAUUUCGCGUUGGAUAAGUUAAUAAUUUAUUGUAUACUCGAGAUAUAAUUUUAAUAGGAUUAAUUUUGAAAUAUAUACGAACUCGUGUAUAAUUAAAAAACUUGAAGAACUGUUGGGUUUUAUAAAAAAACGCAGAUAUUCUCGAAUACUCUCAGGAAUGUCGUAGAAAAGCGCUGUUUUGUCGCGGCAAAGACCGUGACAGAGGUGGUUGUUUUGUUAGUUAGUUCGUUUCCACUUGAAAAGUUUGGCGGAACCUCGACGUGUGCAGAGACAGACUGUGAUCCACUUUGGAAGUCUUUAGUCUUCGAGAGCCGUUUAAACCGAGUGAGACUAUGUUUCAUGUUAUUAUACGGUAUAUAUGACGCUUGCGUGUGCCUGGAGAACAUGAAGUUUAAAAGAUAUCUGAGGGAGACGUCUGCGAACAACUUACUAUUCCUCGGACAUCUAGGCAACGUAAAUCUUAUAACAAGCCUAAAGAACGUCUGAAAAUUUAAGUUCGGAGAGAAGAGAAAUUCUUAAAUUUUUCAGGCAUCUCUUGGAUGUUUUCCAUUGGACUCUUGCCUGAAUGUCUGAGAAGCUAAAUCCUAAAAGACAUCUUAACAUUUCAGACCUCCUUUAGAUGUUUUACGUUAUGUUUUUGUGUGUGUGUAUGAGUGAAAGUGUGAUUAAUUAUAAGGAUGAUGCGCGCGUGCAUGCAUGUUAUUUAAGUGGCGCUUGCCACAUAUGUAGCUUCAAGCGAAGUAUAAGUUAUUGGUUGACGAUGUUAUAUUGAUAUAUAUGUAUGCAUAUACAUAUGCACAUAGACAUAUAUGUGUAUGUAUAUGGAAACACAAUGACGUUGUGUGUAUAUAAAUAUAUAAUUAUAUAUAGACAAGUAUGAGAUCGCGAACGUUGCGCACAUUGAGCGUUUCAAAGUGGCCGCACAACAGUGAGUGGAGAACCAACGCGUAACGUCAUUGCUGUAAGUGCAAGGGACAUUCGCGCCUACGUAUUAUAUAAAAAAAAUAUACAUACGUAUUAUAUAUAUCAAUGAAUAAAUGAAUAAAUAUAUAUAUAUUCUA